AUGUCUUCACAGGCUUCUCUAUCCGAAAUUUUAUCCACCUUGUAUACGGAAUACAAUCUUAAAACUCCAAACAAGUUGAAAAUAGUCGAUUGCUACUUGUUCUAUAUUCUAUUAACUGGUAUCUUUCAAUUUGGCUAUUGCUGCUUGGUUGGUACUUUCCCCUUCAAUGCGUUCUUGUCAGGAUUCAUCUCUACUGUGGCUAGCUUUACCUUAGGAGUCUGUCUUCGAGUGCAAGUUAAUCCUCUCAACAGGCCAAUCUUCAAAGGAAUUUCACCGGAACGUGCUUUUGGUGAUUUUUUGUUUGCUAACGUCUUACUCCAUUUGAUUGUGAUCAAUUUUAUCGGUUAA